UAUAAAUAGAACACAAAUAUUUUAAUGGUCCGUAGCAUUUUGAUAUGGAUUUUCGUCAUGUCCUUUGUCAUGUUAUAUAUCGUAUGAUAACACAUGUUGUCCUGUGUAGAACGUAAAGUGUAAUAAACAUGGAUUUGUUAAACGUAUUUAUUUUUAUGUCAACGAAACAGGUAAAAUUUCGAGUUUUGCCGUACCUAAUAGGAUAGGAAAUGGAAUAUUGUGUGACCUACUGUUUACAUACCGUUAUAGAUUAAACGCUGUUAUUAUGUUCAAUAUGCGGUAAACAACUUAAACAAGGACGUAUUUCAGGUUUUCAAAGAAUUUCAACACUUAUUUUACUGACAUCUGGAAAGUAAACAUGGGUGAAAAGAAACUAGCAGAGGCCUACAUUUUAGGGAUUCCAUUUGGAUUGUUCGGUGCUCAUCAUUUUUACCUUGGACGAAAAGGGUUCGGUAUCCUUUAUGCCUGCACACUGGGUCUAUUCGGGCUCGGAUAUAUAUUUGAUUUGAUACGUAUGCGAUGGUUGGUGAAACAUGCUAACAGACACGGAACAGACAUGAAGAUGGUAUCCGACGGAUAUCUGAUAGGGGCGUUGGGAGGACUAUUUGGUGCACAUCACUUUUAUCUUGGCAACAAGAAACUUGGCAUCUUCUACGCAUGUACACUCGGAGUGUUCACCAUGGGCUGGAUAGCAGAUCUGAUCCGAAUGAAGCAUCUCGUGAAAAACCACAAUGCUCACACAGAGGAAAAGUCUCUCGGAACUGCCUACAUUUUAGCGUUACCUCCCUUGGGUAUUUUUGGAGCAUAUCAUUAUUACUUAGGCAAUAUAAAGUUAGGUUUGAUAUACACUUUCACGUUCGGAAUCUUUGGAAUUGGAUGGAUUAUUGACUUGUUCCGCAUGUCAAAACUUGUGCGGAAGGCAGGAUUGGAUAAGAAAUCCAUUGGAACUGCCUACAUAAUGGCUAUGCCCCCGUUUGGGCUUUUUGGUGCACACCACUAUUAUUUAGGUAAUUAUUUCUUAGGAAUAGUUUAUACAUGUACGUUAGGAAUAUUCACGAUAGGUUGGAUUACGGAUCUGUUCAGAAUGAAGAAUCUCGUCAAAGCUUCAAAUGACCCGACCAGUGACUACGGAACAACAAAGGUCACUGCGUACAUUUUGUGUGUGUCGCCACUUGGACUCUUUGGAGCUCAUCAUUUUUACUUAGAAAGAUACUUGAAUGGUGGAUUUUAUGUUGCAACUGUGGGACUGUUCGGGUUCGGAUGGUUUUUUGAUAUGUUGAGGCUUCCGGUUUUAUACGAACGCUAUGCAGACGAGGAUAAACACAAAUAUCCGGAUGAAGCAUAUCUAUACUGGUUUCCAUUCGGAAUAUUCGGACUUCAUCAUUUCUAUCUUGAGAAUAAGAAAUGGGGAAUCCUGUAUGCCUGUACCCUAGGGUGUCUGGGUAUCGGCUGGUUAAUUGAUGGUAUCCGUUUACGUAUGUUACUCAGAGAAUAUAAUAAAUAUGUUGAGGAUCCAGAUAUGAAUGACUUUAGAAUUUGUAGGCCUAGUUGCCGUUCUUGUUCAGUUUAUAGAUGUAAACGUUGUUGCUAUAGAUUAUGUUCAUGUGGAUGUUUUGAGAAUUUUAGUCUAUCUAGGUCAACUACAGAAACUGAAAACGAGACAAACGGUGAAGUAAGAACAACACCGUGUGAUGACUUUGAAAUGAUUAAGGAAAUGUAUCCCGAUGAAAAUCACGAAGGUUAUAACGAGAAACCCGCCAAUGAACGCGAUACUUACCAAGGCGAAGGACAAGCGUAUACUGUUCAAGAAUCUUAUGACACUUACCCAACAGGUCAGACGUCAUCAGACCAGACGACAACUCCAGCUUACGAUAAUGGCGCAUAUCCGGGCGAUCCCGGAUAUGAAGAACAGUAUUUAGCGGAGGGAGAAGCGGGGAAUGAAGAUUUUCCGUAUCCACCACCAAAUGAAAGCGAAAAUGUAGGCUAUCACCAAGAACAAUAUCAAGAACAUACGAACUAUAGUUACGAUGAUAAUAACGGAAUUGAAGAUACUAACAAUUGUCAGUAUGAAGAUAAUUCUCCCAGUGAUGAGAUCCGUCACCACGAGGAUGUUAAUGUAACAGUUCAGAAUGAACAAGAACAAUAUGAACUUGAAAAUCAGCAAAAUUAUCAGCAGUAUAAUGUUCAGACAGACAGUCAAUAUCAAGAAGAUGUUCAUAUGUGAAUACGCUUUUAAAGAGAAUAAUUUAAUUCAAUGGCAUGUUCUUCAGUGAAUUAUGGACUUAUUAGAGUGAAAUAUAUCUGGUAUUUUCACACUGGUAAGAAACUUACUAUGAAAUGGGUAAAUUUAGUUAAAACAAUUUAAAUAAAAAAAAAAAUUUACAUGUGAGAUCAGAUAUCUUGCACGCGUGAACACCAUAUCUUACAAUUUCGCUCGUGGCUAUGCCACCCAUGAAAAUAUUUCAUCUGGCGUUCACUCGUGAAAGAUAUUUCAAUCUUACACUGAAACAAAUGAAUAUCCUCUGUACAUGUACAUUAGUAGAUCUUUAUAUCUUUAUAUAUUAUAUUGUCUUGAUAUAUCCUGUUUAUACUAGGCGACGAAACAAGGGACAAAACUACAUACUAGUAAAUGUGUUGCAUACCUUCCUGCUGUAAUAUCCCGUGAUUUGAUGAAUAGUUUGUUGUUGUUAAUGAAAAUGUUUUCAAUUAUUUAUAAAAAAAAACUUGAUGGUUUUGGAGAAUUAUGCAAAAUAAUAUGCGACAGUCAUGUUUUUGGCGAAAAUAAUUGCAAUGUUACAUUUUUUUGAUCCGAGUAGUUGACAUCAUCUCGGGAAAGCACGGAUACAUUAAGUAAUAAUAGAAAUACAAUAAAACAGUUCUAUUUAAAUAAUGUUAUAAUUAGUUAGUAUAUUUAUAACAGCUUUGAGCUGUCAAAAACUCUGGCUGAACUGUCCGUCCGUCUGUCGCACUAUCUCGUGUUCUCGACUCUUCAUUUUAAAUAUUUGGUAUGAAGUAUUCGCAUAUUGUCGGACUUUUAUGUCGGUUUUUUUCUGCGUCCUGUCUAAAAAUUACAUCCGAUUCACACGAAAAGCAAGAAGUUUCACACGAUGAGAAAGAAGUGUUUUUUUAUGUUAAGUAAUAUUUGUGAUAAAUAUUUUCAGAGGAUAUACGACGUGCAAUAAUUCUUGUGCAAACAAAAUAUCGAACAAUAUUAUUUCACAAGUAGCAAAAAAAUAGUUUUUUUUUCUGAUUUUGCAUAUUGACGAGUUAAAUAUUCAGUUGUAAUAAAGCUAUAUGAGCCAUGCCAUGAGAAAACCAACAUAGUGGCUUUGCGACCAGCAUGGAUCCAGACCAGCCUGCGCAUCCACGUAGUCUGGUCAGGAUCCAUGCUGUUCGCUGAUGGUUUCUCUAAUUACAAUAGGCUUUGAAAGCGAACAGCAUGGAUCCUGACCAGACUGCGCGGAUGCGCAGGCUGGUCUGGAUCCAUGCUGGUCGCAAACCCACUGUGUUGGUUUUCUCAUGGCACGGCUCAAUUAUGUAACAUGCUUCGCGCGUGUAAAAUAUUUCAAUGGUGUAUGUUGAAAUGCUUGUUGAAAGUCUUAUGACCACUUAUAUUAUUAAUAAUAAGAUCUGUCUCAAGGAAAACGAUAUAUAGAAACAUAUCUCGAGGGUUUAACGGAGAGUAGUGCCAAACUUAUAUACAAAAGAGACAGUGCCGACAGUUUUCCGUUCAUCCCUCUUUCUCAAUUCUAUAUACCCAUUUCAUUUGAAGAGAAUCUCAAUUUUACGUCAUAAUUUUCAUUUCGAAAAAAAACUUUUGGAAAAAAAAAUUGUGUAAAUAAUUAUUCAUUGUAGUUUAACAAUCUUUUAAGAUGGUUAAAAAAUAGCACACACUUUCAUGGCUUUUGUAAGUUACAUUCAUUUCUAUGUCAUUUUUUAAUGAAGAUAAUAUCAAAUGGCUAUUCCAUAAAUUGAAAUGUUUUCAUAAUAUAUAUAAUUAUUUUGAUAAUGUUCAUUAAAUGUGCUAGCUAUCAUUUUUGAAUUUGUAGCAUAAUUAUAUUGUUUUGUUAUGUGCUUAGAAAAAGUAAUGUAUUUCUUUAGAAAACUUCUCAUUUCAAACACGGUUGUAAUAAUGGACUACUACACGACUUACUGUACCAUACGUGAUUGUAUGACCCCGGACCUUCGAGCCUCCGGUAAUGGUUUUGACUUUGUCCGGCCAGCACUGUUUAAAAUGACGUCAUAAGUGAAGAUUAAACCCAUUUGUUUGUUGAGUUGUGACCUUUUUGCACAAAACUGUUCAGUUAUGAAGUUACAUACUAGUAAUCUAUUAUAAUUGAACCAUGAGAAAACCAACAUAGUGCAUUUGCGACCAGCAUGGAUCCAGACCAGCCUGCACUUUCGCACAGUCUGGUCAGGAUCCAUGCUGUUCGCUAACGGUUUCCCUAAUUGCAAAAGGCUUUGAAAGCGAACAGCAUGUAUCCUGACCAGACUGCGCGGAUGCUAUGUUGGUUUUCUUAUGGCGCGGCUCAUAUCUAUUUAUCAUCAAUUUGAGCCAAAAUGCUGAUAAUACAUGUCAUGUUUAGCAAACAUUAGAAUGUCAUAAUAUUAUAUAACUUAUUUUUGUUACAUUGCACCAUGCAUUAAAGAAAUAUGUUAUAGCGUCGUA